AUGGGAAAAACGGAAUCGUGCAAAUUCCUUUGCGAUGUUGAGAUUGGAAGCGCCAGCCUCGCCGAAGCACAGAGACUCAUCAGACACAACUACGUUGUCGAGUGGAUAGUCGAUAACCUUCCUGGAGCAACCUCCUUCAAAUCUGUUGAUAAGAUGAGAAAGUUUUACCAGAAUGGUUUUAAGCUAGGUAAUUUUGAAGAUGAGAAAGUUUACAUUCACAACCAUGUCACCCUCAUCUUUCGGUAUCGGAAAAGUAUCAAAACUCCACAUAAGAAGCUCAUCGUUGGCUUUGAAGUUUAUCCAAAGUCUAUAGACGGCCCAAGGAGUAAAUGUCCAUCGUCCAUAUCUACCUCGGACCAACCACGCUUAGAGCUCACCCUUCCACCCGUUCCGUCGGAUUCUACGGGGUCAAAGUUUGAAUACGAUCCGAACGCUAAGCUGAGAAUAACGUACACUUACUCCGUUUAUUGGGAAGAAGACGAAACUAUCGAUUGGGAUAACCGAUGGGAUCUAUAUUUCGCCAAUCAGGAGCAGUCAUCGAAACUACAUGUUCUCGCCAUCAUCAAUUCCCUAGUUAUCGCUUUCCUCCUGAGCGGUAUGGUCGGCGUUGUUUUGCUGCGGACUCUCAACAGAGACAUCCAAAGUUACAAUGCAAGAAUUAGCGGUGAAGACGGAAACAAACUUAAACGAAUUUCCACAGCGUCCAUCGAUGGCUCGGCCCAAAGGGGGCCUGCUGAUGGCGAUGACGAUGACGAUCUGCUUGAUGAUACAACAGGCUGGAAACUUGUUCAUGGGGAUGUGUUCCGCCCGCCGAAGUUUGGCGGUCUGUUGCCUCCUUUGGUGGGUAGCGGUGUCCAGAUUCUUGUUACGGUCUUUUCGUUACUUGUUUUUUCAUUAAUUGGCUUGCUUAAUCCGAGUUAUCGAGGAGGCUUCGUUAGCUUUGGGCUUUUCCUUUUCGUAUUUGCUGGGCUGUUCUCGGGAUAUUUUUCAAGCAGGAUCUACAAGGCAUUUGGGGGGGACAGUUGGGCCAAAAACGCUAUCUUGACAGCUCUGCUUGUCCCUGGACUUAUUUUUUUGGCGGUGCUUGUGCUGAAUCUUUUUGUUUGGGCACAAGCAUCAUCUAGUGCUAUUCCGUUUUCCACCUUGGUUGCAUUGGUUUCGAUGUGGCUCCUUAUAUCUGUCCCCCUCGUUCUUCUUGGAGCCUGGUUUGGACAGAAAAAGCCAGCGUAUGAGCAACCUACAAAAACUACCCAGAUCCCACGACAGAUACCAGUGCAACCAUGGUACGUGAAACCUAUACCAAGCUUAUUCCUUGGAGGGAUUGUGCCAUUCGCCGUUAUAUUCAUAGAGCUCCUCUUUGUUUUUAAAAGCAUAUGGCAAGACAAAAGCGGGUACUAUUAUAUGUUUGGGUUUUUGGCUUUGAUAAUAGCCAUUCUCCUGGUUACUAUUGUUGAAAUCACCGUCGUGAUGACAUAUUUUCAGCUUUGCGCAGAGAAUUACCAUUGGUGGUGGCAUGCGUUCAGGGUUGGAGCUGCUUCGUCUGUGUACAUUUUUCUUUACUCCGUUUGGUAUUAUUUGGCAAAGUUGCACAUUCACGGGCUGGUCAAUAGUCUCUUAUUUUUCGGUUAUUCGUUGCUUGGCUCGGCCGUGUACGGCGUUUUGGGGGGCACUGUCGGGUUUUUGUCCGCUUAUAUGUUCGUCAGAAGGAUAUACGGGGCUGUCAAAACCGACUAA